AUAGUAUCCGAAAGUGUUAUACUAUUUUCUUUGUUUUGAAAUGGUUAGGUUGAUUUUAGUAUUUGUCCUUGCUGAAACCGGCGCCACUCAGUGUGAAGGAGAUGGAAUAAAAUGUUGCUCAGACGGAAAGUGGGACGAAUUCCUAGGAAAAUGCAAGAGUUGUAAGCCGGGUUAUUUUGGUUUAAAUUGCAACCAAACUUGUCCAUUGCCUUUUUAUGGAAUUGGUUGCCAACAUAAAUGCGACUGUCCUGAUGACAAAUGUGAUUUUGUAAAAGGUUGUCCAGAAAAAGAAACAAGCGAGGAUAUCUAUAUACAAGAUGAUGUGAAAGACUCCAGUGCUACGUCAUUUACCUUGGAAAUUACGGGUAAUGUGACAAUUGAUGUAACAGGAGCUAACGAGUCUAUUUUGCUGGACCAUUUUAGAACCUGGUUUUCAACAAAGAACAUCUCUAUAUUGAUUGUUUCCGUAGUUGGUUUAAUUUUGAUAACGAUUGCUAUUCUGUUUACUCGAAAAGUGAUACUCAAAAUAUAUUCUAAACGGCAAAGAAAACAAUGUUAUGAAUGCCCAAGCGACAGACUAUCAGAACCAGUUCAUUAUGAAGUGAUCUCAAAUAUAGUAGUUUAAUACACUGGCGAGAGUUUCUUCAU